AUGACUGCCUCGUCUGCUGCCAAGAAUGCCACGAACUGGGCUAAGAUUGUGCCCGUUGAGGUGUACCCCAUUAUCGCCCUCACCGGUCUUGCCGUGGGUGGUGCUACGUGGUACAUUUCUCGUCUCGCGCGCUCCCCUGAUGUGAUUUGGGACAAGAAGAACAACCCGACCCCGUGGAACAACGUGGAGCAGGGUACUCAGUACAAGCUCAUGAACAUCAACGGUAAAUUCGACAAGAUGUACAGGCGCGACCGUCUCUAA